AUGGACGGUCCCUGGGAGCUACCCGCGAGACCAGAGCUGCGGCCUGGUCCAGCCUCAUAUCUGUCCACGUCCUCGCGCGAGCCUUCUCCUUAUUCCAACCUUGGCAGCCGUUCCCAAGUGUCCCUCUUGCCAAAUAAUACCGACCUAUCGGCUGACCACGGAAUUGUCUUUCUCUCUCGAAACAAUAACUUGGUGGAAGAUCGACCCAACUUGCCAAGGUCUCCUUCGGUCGAAUUGACUGCCGUUCCAGACGUCAGUGACAGGCGUUUGGCGCCAUUGGACUUCUGGCCGCCCAUUUUGAAAUGGUAUUCGACGCUCUUCUUGACUGUAUUAUAUCUUGGCACGGCCGGUGCAAUUGCGGCACUCUGGCUCGCAGCUGGGACCAAUGGGCAAUACCACUUGUCGAGCGAAAACGUUCGCAUGAUAUCCCGCUACUUCCCCUCUGCGUUGGGUACUCUCAACGUCAUUCUGUUUCGUCACCUUGUUCGCGAAUUUAUCAGAAUGAAACCCUUUGUGGCAAUGGCGGACCAGGGCGAGCAGCCGAGCUCUGGACAGGAUGCCAACAAAAGUGUCAGUGGAGCUUUCUUUCCAUGGCAGGACAUCUCCGUCACCCGAGGAACGACCCCGAUCAUCUCCCUUCUUUGUCAACUUAUGGUUGGAUUCAUCGUUAGCUUGAAGGUCGCGCUGCUAGCCAGCGGUCCUGCCAUUAAACAGAUCGGCGAGCAAGAAAUUCAAACUACGGGUUGGACUCUGACACUUCGUGUAUGGCCAGCUCUCUUCCUCAUCAUCGGACAUAUUAUCAUGACCGGUUAUGUGCUUUGGGUCGCUUACCUCAACCGCCGAAAGUCGACUGGUCUCAGGUGGGACCCUGUUACCAUUGCUGAUUACUGUGCUUUGUUUGCAAAUUGUAAUGUUGCAGAAUACUUCUCAUCCCUUGAAUUGCUCCACAACCGCAAGGCAAAACAAGUCCUGUCGAAGAAUCAUCGAUUUCGACUGGGUUACUGA